AUGGGAACAUAUGGGAACACGGCGAACCUCCCCGCGAGGCGUGGCCAUGACGCAAGAGCCAGAGUGGGAGCGUCGCUCGCUCGCUCGCAGCCACAGCCCGCGCGGUGGCGCCACCUCACAGCGGGCUAUGGCACGGGUGGUGGUGGCCAUGGCGUGUCCCCAUCUCCAAUUCUGGAUAAGCCUAUCUCCCUCCCUGCCCCCCUACCUCGCGCAGCUUCCCCGUAUGUGAACGCGAGCUUGCACUCCCGCCUCAUCGCAUCCGUCUCCUACUUGCGGUCUCGUGGAUUGCGUCGCCAUCGUUGCUGUGACGAAGGAAGACCUGGACCAGGUUGUAAGGAGAUUGGAGUCGUGGUGAUGGCGGCUCUGUCGAGCUCGACCGUGGCAUCAUUGUGCGUCAAGGGUGCAGUGAGGUUUGACGCUAAUGGGGCCGUUGAGAAGGCCAGGAGCUUGAGGAGUGUGGCGUGGCAGAUGGGUGCGUGCCCGUUGGAGCAGCUCCGUUCUGUCUCGAAGAAGGUUGAGGUUGUUAGUGCAAGGCGCGGCGUUGUGGCGUGCGCUGCUGCUGCUGCUGCUACUGAUGUACCUACAGUGUCGGAAACCAAGGCAUCUUUUAUUAAGAGCUACCGGAAACCCAUCCCUAGCAUUUACAGCAACGUAAUUCAGGAGCUUUUGGUGCAACAGCACUUGAUGCGAUACAAUUCAACUUACACUUAUGACCCAAUUUUCGCUCUGGGGUUUGUGACUGUCUACGAUCAGCUCAUGGACGGUUAUCCUGACGCUACCGACCGUGAUUCGAUUUUUACGGCUUACAUCAAUGCGUUAAAUGAGGACCCCGUGAAAUACAGAGAAGAUGCUAAGAAACUAGAAGAGUGGGCCUCUGCUCAAAGUGCAAGUGGAAUCACCGACUUCACAUCCAGAGACGGAGAGGUGGAGGCUACUCUAAAGAGCAUCGCUGAGCGUGCGGGUUCCAAGGACAAAUUUCAUUACAGCCGGUUUUUCGCUAUCGGUCUAUUCCGACUUCUCGAAUGUGCUAAAGCUUCCGACCCAGCUGUGCUGGAAAGUCUUUCUAAGGCACUGAAUGUCAACAAGCGGAGCGUGGACAGGGACUUGGACGUGUACAGAAAUCUUUUGUCGAAGUUGGCUCAAGGAAAAGAAUUGAUCAAGGAGUACAACGAGAGGGAGAAGAAAAAGAAAGCAGAGCGAGACGCCGCUGCCGCAAAUAAACAAUCAGCUGACACAGUUGCCCAGACUGGGGGAGCCAAAUCGGAGUAGAGCUUUUAGACUCGUGGCCAGUUUCUUGUUUGCUCACUGUCCAUCCUUUCGUACCCAAUUAUUCUUCUAGUUAGAAUGGAUCCCUCUUGUCAAGAAACUUACUCUUAACUUGACAUUGCGGCGUUAUUGAGCAUUUGAGAGAGCAAAUCAUGCCUGGGGCUGGGUGGAUGUACCAUGUCUGAGAUAACCCUGUAACAUUCAAGAAACAUUGAUUCUCACACAACUAACUGUGCCACCAAGGUUGUUCGCUUA